AGAACCCAAAAACACAUUGAACAACCUUUGCGUAGCAAUUUUGGCUCAAGCUAUAUUGGUUUAGACCAAAGCCACAGGACCUGGUAUAGUACAUGAUUCAGACAGCACCUGGAACGGUGACGUUGUUUGCAUCGCAACCGGGAUUAGAAGCAUCAGGACCGGAAGAUGCGGCAGAGAUGACGGAUGUGCACGAUGGCAAGCCAUUGAUGCGAAAGCAGUCCACUUAUGCACUGGAUAUCAGCGAGAAGUGGCUCCAAUUCCGAUAGUCAUUUCUCGUUGUUGGGCUUGUUUACGUAGGUUUGGCGGUCGUCUGCCUUUAUAGCGAUGUGAACGAGGUCUAUGUGUCCUUUACGUAUUGUUUAUUAUCGGCAGCCUUGCUAUUGUACCGCGUAGGGUAUUACCUUCGCCGGAAAUGGAUCCUCUACUUCAUCGACUUGUGCUUUAUGGGCACGAUAGCUCUCAUCAUCACGCUCGUACUGUGCCACUUCGAGCUGACUUGCUCGCAGUCCUGGUUCCGAGCUCUGUACAUCAUCCUGUCCGGGCCUAUUCCAGGAGCCACCUUCAUGCUCCAGCUGCCCGUGGCCUUACACCACCCCGAGGCGUUUGAAAGUUGGUUCUUACAUGGAACCCCCAUGUGGCUCAGUUACGCUCGUCGUUGGAAGUGGCAUGUAUUUGAUUCUGAUUCAAUGCCAAGUCUUGGCGAGUUGGUUUGGGAUGGUAUGAUCGGCUUCUACGUCCCCUGGGUGAUACCAUACGUCGCAUUCCUACUUGUCCAGCCGUUUAUGCCUUGUCCGAUUGCAGGCUACCAGACCCUCAUGGAUCUUUUCGUCGAGGAGGCCAAUCUGACUGACGAGCGCCGUCUCCUCAACAAAAAUAACACUUAUUUCUCAUAUUAUUCCAAGGUUCUGGGGUUCGUGCUUGGCCACGCGUUUCUGUCAGCGACUGGUGCGUUAGCGGGCGCACUAUCCUUUCAGAGCUGGCAUGCGAACGUCUUGUGGAUUGCCUGUGUGCAAAUACAGGGUAUCAUCUCUGGUUACUACUUCUAUGCAAGGAGCGCAGCUAUAGUCUCUGACAAGCCUGCCUUCAUUUGGGGUUUCGUGCGCAUGAUUAUUGCAUGGCUACUCCUGCUUCCCACCUGGUACUACAGCAUCUUGUACGGCCGAGGCUCGUGACACGUGCUUGCGUGUCCAGUGCUUGAGUACCUCUUCUUGGUUGUUGUGCGCGUGCGCACACGCAUUUUCCAGACUCGAUCGGCAGACGGGCGAAACCAUCCUGGCGAGGGACCCAGCCCUCGACCUCGGUGAACCUCUCCGGGGUCAUGAUGCGUGUGACGGGUGUG